GGCAGUAAGGAGUGUCACCAUUUUACGCUUGUGGAAGCAGGCGGGGUGUUUCCGUGACUCGCUGGUAGUAUGGUAGAGCUGAGACCUGAACUCGGGUGGCUGAGAAUGCAGAACCUAAAAGCUGAUCCAGAAGAGCUUUUUACCAAACUGGAGAAAAUCGGAAAGGGCUCUUUCGGCGAGGUGUUCAAAGGCAUUGACAAUCGGACUCAGAAAGUGGUCGCCAUAAAAAUCAUUGACCUGGAGGAGGCAGAGGAUGAGAUCGAGGACAUUCAGCAGGAAAUCACAGUGCUGAGUCAGUGCGACAGCCCCUACGUUACCAAAUAUUAUGGGUCCUAUCUGAAGGGCCACCUGCUAUUGCCCAGCGUUGGGGCCGCGCACAUGCAAGCCUGCUCUGCGAGGAGGGCCUUUCCCCCACACUGGAGCCCGGACCUCGGCCUGCACACUCUCCCUCCAUCCACGUUCGCUGCCUUGUUCGGAGAUGGUACUCCCAUCGUGGGAGAUGGACUCCCACGUGCGGGGACCAGGGUGUCCUUCGCCCUCGUGAGCCGCCUGCUACCCCUGGCCUAG